GACAACCAUUAGUUUAUCGAACAUGGAGACAUGGACCACAUGGUUCAUCACUAUCCUUUCCCUCUGCAUCGCCGCCCUUAUCAGAUCCAUAUUAUCCCACCGGAGACACCACACCAAACUACCACCAGGACCAUCACUUCUUCACUCCAGCUUCCUCCUGCUUACAAAUUCUCCCUUAAAGUUCGAACCCGUCCUCAUAAGUCUCAAGGCCCGGUAUGGACCACUCUUCACUCUUUCUUCCGGACUUCAAACCAACAUCUUCGUAGGCGACCAUUCUCUUGCACACCAACUCUUAGUUCAAAAGGGUGCGAUCUUCUCCGACCGCCCUACAACCGUUCCAGUGCGCACUAUCUCCACUUCUUCGUAUGGCCCUACUUGGCGGAUCCUCCGCAGGAAUCUUGCCUCUGAGGUUAUGCAUCCCGCCCGCAUCAGAUCCUACUCUUGGGCCCGCAAGUGGGUGCUUCAGAUACUGAUUGAGCGACUUCUAGAAUGUCAAUGUCAAGAGAGUGAGGGGAUCAAGGUGGUUGACCAUUUUCAGUAUGCUAUGUUUUGUCUGUUGGUUUUUAUGUGUUUUGGAGAGAAGCUUGAUGAGAGUAAGAUUAAUGAGAUCGUGAGAGUGCAGCGGAAUAUGUUGAUAAAACUUGGAUCAGGGCGUUUUACCGUGCUCACUAUUUUCCCGAAGUUGGGGAAAAUAGUGUUUAGAAAUAGAUGGAAAGAGUUUGAGAAAUUGCGUGGUGAUAGAGAAAAAGUUUUGGUUCCACUCAUUAAGUCUAGAAUCGGAUCGACUAACUCUGACCGGGAAUUAGGAAAUGAACGGAUUGUGGCUUACGUUGACACAUUGGUGAAUCUACAGCUUCCGGAUGAAGAAGCUGAUAAUGGAAAUGAUGGAAGGCUAACCGCCAGGGAAAUGUCGAGCAUGUGUAGCGAGUUUCUUAAUGCGGGUACGGAUACCACGUCUACUGCGCUACAAUGGAUCAUGGCUAAUCUAGUGAAGCAUCCUCGCAUUCAGAGCAAGCUAUAUGAUGAAAUUGUUGCAGUGGUCGGACCACCACCAUCAAGAAAAGGGGUGGAGCUAGAAUCGAUUAUAAACGAAGAGGAUCUAGAGAAAAUGUCGUACCUGAAAGCAGUGGUUUUGGAGGGGCUGAGAAGACACCCACCUGGACAUUUUGUGCUGCCCCAUAGGGUCAUGAAAGAGGUAGAGGUGCAAGGCUACACGAUUCCAGAGGGUUCAACCAUCAAUUUCAUGGUGGGUGAGAUGGGUCUGGACCAAAAGGUCUGGGAUGAUCCCAUGGAGUUCAAACCAGAGCGGUUCUUGGUGAAUGAUGGUGUGUUUGAUGUAACCGGAAGAAAAGGGAUAAAGAUGAUGCCUUUUGGUGCUGGACGAAGGAUAUGCCCUGGUUCGGAUUUGGCUCUACUUCAUUUGGAAUAUUUUGUUGCCAAUUUGAUUUGGUAUUUCCAUUGGAGUGUUCCUGAUGGUUCUCCUGUUGAUCUUUCUGAGAAGACCGAGUUCACUGUAGUCAUGAAGAAUCCUCUUAGAGCACAACUUUCUUCUCGGGUGCAAGAAUGAACCACCCGAGUCGAUAUGCAUAUACACAACAUGUUUAGAAUUUACAAACAUUACAAUUUUGUUUUCUGGCGUUCGACUAAUUGUGUAAUCGUAUGUUUUCAUAUUGUUUCCCUUAAUGAAUAAUGAUUAUGAUGGUGUCAAGUGGCACUUGCCAUUUCCCUCUUA